AUGUCUGGAGAAAGUCAAAGCAAAAAGAACUCUUUCAAGAGAAAGUUUCAUUCCAAGUCUCGUAUGGGCUGCCUGACAUGCAAGAGAAGAAGAGUCAAGUGUGAUGAAACAAGGCCUUCUUGUAAGAACUGUGUCAGGAUGAAGCUUGUAUGUGGAUACACCGAGUCAAGUGAUCAUGAUCACCAAGAACCACCAACCAAGAAGGUGAGCAUUAAGAAAGAAGAGAGACAUCUGGUUUCAUCAACGGCAACGUCUUCAACCAAUGAUCAGACCUUCUCAUCCCCCGAGACCCAGCAGGCAACGCCAGACAAAACACCGCCCCCAAACUUUCCAAACGCGAUAAAUGGAGUUCCGGCUUUGGCAGCGACUGCUUUAGGAGCCGGCUUACUCAACGCUGGAAAUCUCAAUAACAUUAACUUAAGCCAUCUUGUGAACAACUUGAGUAAUCUCGGCGAUCUUAGUGGCUUGGGUAAUGUUGCGAAUUUGAGCUCGUUAGCAGUUCUUGCACAGCUUCCUAUUGAUUUGAGUGGACUUGGAAAUCAGCUUGGUGGCAACUUUGAAGGUCUCAUGGGAGCAUCCAACGGACCACUGGGCAAUCCACUCGCUGCUGCUCAAAGCGCCUCUAUUCCCUUGCAGCAAACUACUUCAAAUCAAGAAAAGCCUACGGCUACACAAACACUGCCAAGUAUAUCACCAAAUGUUUCCACGCCCCCAAUGCCUAAUCCCAUGCAGAUGGCUGCGUCUGGUGCCGGCUCUCUCAACAUGCUAGAUUUGAAAUUGAUGUAUCAUUACACAAGUCAGGUAUCCAAUACAAUCACCGGAGCUGGCAUCUCGGACACUGAUAUCUGGAACCAUGACGUGCCAAUGUUGGCUUUCCAAUACCCCUUUUUGAUGCAUGCGAUCUUAGCUUUCAGUGCUACUCAUUUGUCCAAGACUGAGAAAGGUUUGGAUCAUUGUGUCACAAGCCAUCGAGGUGAUGCACUCAGACUUCUACGCGAAGCUAUUUUGGACAUCAACACCAAUAAUACCGAUGCUUUGGUGGCGAGCGCACUUAUAUUAAUCAUGGAUUCAUUGGCGAACGCAUCUGUUCCGUCACUGACAUCUCCUAAGUCGCUUCCUGCCUCUGCCUGGAUUUUCCAUGUGAAAGGAGCUGCAACUAUUCUUACAGCUGUAUGGCCUCUUACGGAAGCGUCGAGAUUCUACAAAUUCAUCAGUGUGGAUCUUGGGGAUCUUGGUGAUAUAAUAAAUGAGAAAAGCCAGCUUUCCUCGCUUCAACUGAAAUCGUUUGCGGAUCUCGAGUGUCAUGACAAUGACAUUGCCGAUCUCUAUCCGGUACUGAUUGACUCGCCCUAUCUUGUCACGCUAGCGUACUUGAACAAGCUUCACAAGGAGCGAUACAAGGCCGACUUCAUCUUGCGUAUCUUUGCAUUCCCGGCAUUGUUAGACAAAGAUUUUUUGGGUCUUUUGAUGACGGGUGACAUCAAGGCCAUGCGAAUCAUGAGGUCGUACUACAAGCUAUUACGUUCUUUCACCACAGAGAUGAAGGACAAGGUGUGGUUUUUGGAAGGAGUUUCGCAGGUUUUGCCUGUGGAUGUUGAGGAAUACGCUGGAGGCGCUGGUGGUAUGCACAUGAUGCUUGACUUUUUGGGUGGCGGCCCCUCGAUUAUCGAAGAUCACGAAGUGGACAAGGAUCUACUGAUGAUUGAUCCUGAGGGUCACAUCGCUAAUAAACUAAUCGACACCGACAACCUACCCAGCGACAUUACCAGCAACUUGGAGAUUAUGCAAGGAGACAAUGGAUUCAUUGGUUCAAAUGAUUUAUAG